AUGAGAGUGGUCCUACAACUACCCUUCAAGGGUGACGAUAUCAACUGCCUGAUUGCCCAGCGCCUAAAAUCAGCCGUUAAGUUCACCUACUACGCAGCUGCUUUCACAAUCGCCCGGUUGCCAAUACCAUCGGUGAAAGAACCGCUAGCUCCGCACGCCAAAUCUAAUUGUAUCUAUCAGUUCGUCGGCAGAACGAAGAGACUGCGUUACCGAGCAACCGCGCGCAUCCCGGUCUGGCUUCAGAAAACAAUGAGUGAGAUUUUCAGGUCACCAAUGACCCGUCGGAAACUCAGCUCGUCAAUCACACAACAACUGAUCGAAAUGAAACACUGUGACGUGCUGCGCGAGGCGUUCAGAAUUCUCUACAAAACAAACAACACCAAGGUUCUGAAAUACGCUGAGGCACUAGCCAUUCAAAAUGGCUAUCCCAGACUGUGUAAACAGCGUGAAUGGCUUAUCACUCUGGCCCAACCUUGGUAA